UGUGCACUUGGGCCCACCGUUGGACCAACCACUCCACGUGCAACAAUCCAUCGCAUGCACGGUUUCACCAUCCUCGACAACUGAUUCGGCCGCUUCGCCACCAACUAUGGUCGGGGAUUCGACGUCAUGGUCAAGACUUCAAGAACUCGACCUGUUGACGUUUGCGGACUUCCAUGGAUGCUCCUUCCCCCGUCCAGUCGAUUGUCGUGCUCAUGGCACAAUUGGGGGAUUACUUGCACAUUGCAGUACCAGCUCCGUUGAUGGACGCCAGAGUAGAGGUUGUCGACCUUCACGACUAUGCAGCGAAGAUCGACCGCGAGUUCAAGUCACAAACCACCCAGGCACAAACAUGCGCAUUCAGAGUAGAGGUUGUCAACCUUCACGACAUUGAUGCGCCAUUAGGUGUACAUGCAGCAGAGGGAUGGUUGGCAAAUAGUGGGAGCAUCUGCAAGGGCGUAACGUCUGCACUUAGAAGAGCUGUGGCCAUAUUGGAUGGUGCAAAUGUCUCGAUGGACCACAAUUUUGAGCAGCAGAAUCGGCAUUUAGGCGACAUCCGACAAGCAUCAAGUGGUGGUGGAAAUAUGAGUGGAGUGAGUGUAGACCCUGGUCAUGCUGCACCUUCAAGGGGAAGUGAAUGUGGAAACAAUCAACCGACCGUUGUCUCAGGAGCUCACGGGGCCACUGCAGAUUUUAAGGUAGCAAGUAAACAGGGGAGAACAGAGGUUGGACAAGUUGGCGUGGUGCAUCCUGUGUCAGCUCGUCAGCUUAACAAGCAGACUCUUCUGGCAUUGGAGUUAUUUGUUUCUUCCCCAGUGUCCAGUAUUCUCCAGGAGGAAGAGAGUCCCAAUGAUCAUGUGUUGGGGGCUGAUGCAGCGGACCACAAAAGUCUUAUAAAGAAGUUUGGAACGGCACUGUGUAAUGGUUUUGUGGAUGCAUCUCUUCUCGCAGAAUCGGCAGCUGGGAGAACAGGUUUAGGGUCUGCUGCAGCUCUGUCUGGAGAGUUAACAGCUGUGACUAAAGGUGCAGGGUCAGAUGGCGUGCAGGUUUUCAAGGGAGUAUUUGAUGAUGAUUUUGACAUGGAUGCCAGGUCGGGUGGACCUUCUACAACUAAGGCAGUUUGGACUAGUGUGGAUGACCAUCAAACAGAUCUUUGGGAUGUCAAUGGUGAUGAGACAUCUGCAGCUGGGACCAGCAUGAGUUGGGCCUGUAGCCCUAGCUCACGUGCUUCGGGCAGUUCAGAAAUAAGAACUUUUUGCAUCCGAAUGAUUGUGGCCCUUGGCCAACUUUGUCCUGAAGCUGCUGCUAAUGACCUUGCAAGGCUGCUCUCACAAGAGAAGAACAAUGAGGUUAGUUGGAUGUCUUUUCUUACGAAAGCUUUACAAUGUUUACAUCUAAUUCCUAUCGAUUUCCACAUCUCAACAUUCAAAGCUUACCCAGGAGGUCGCCUGAAUGGCUGCACCAGCUGCAGGUUCUUAGGAAUGUCCUUAUUGUCUAUUUGAAAAAACAUAGCUGUCUUACACUGUUACUGUUAUGAUCCUGGCCAAUUUCGAAGUACACAUUCAUCAGAAAGUACAAUGCCGUCCACUUGCAAAAAGAAAUGAAUGAACUUCAGAGGA